AUGGCAUUGCCAGCAUCCGCCACAGCACUUCGAGGUCUAGGAUGUCACAAUUGUCGGCAAUGGGCUCUACGAACAUUCAUCGCAAGCAUUGGCGGAAAGGACACAUCCUCGACAGUACCGCAACAACGGAGGACUAUCGCACAAUCGACCUGGCGCAGCAAUAGCGCGAGAGAAAGAGUCCAGGAGCAUGACCAUAUCCUGAACGAUAUCAAUGAUAUCGCACCAUCAAGAUGGACGCCAGCGAAUUCGUCAUCUCUUGCUUCGUAUGACGGCGCUGAGGAAAGAGCUUUCGCAGAAGUCAUGGACAGCGAUACAGGUGUGGACGAUGGCAACGCUGUGAGGUCUUUCACUACACUCGAUCAACGUACAUCUCGAAGGGUCGAGAAUGGUACCGAGAUUGCACGAGAUGAUGUUACGGAAGAGCAGAAGGAGGGUUCAUCCAUACCAUGGUAUCUUCAACAAAGCCAGCAACCAACCGAACCACCGACUUUCGAGAACCCCAUGGCAGCUCGCCAACAGAUACCCGACCUACCAGACCAUGCGCCGUCAAUACUCGAGCCCUUGCUGAACAACAUCUCCAUCGAGCAAGGCAUGGACGAUCUCAAUCUCCUCGACCUUCGCACUAUCGAUCCUCCUCCAGCACUAGGCUCGAACCUGAUCAUGAUCGUCGGCACCGCGCGAUCAGACAAACAUCUCCACGUCUCAGCCGACCGGCUCUGUCGCUGGAUAAGGACAAAAUACAAGGACCUAACACCCUACGCCGACGGCCUCCUGGGUCGAAACGAACUGAAGCUCAAACUCAAGCGUCGCGCAAAACGUACCAGAUUGAUUAACGCAGUCGGCGCCUCCCACACCUCAGCCGGUUCCGGCUCAGCAGAAGACUCGGACAUGGAUGUCGAAGAAGGUAUCAGGACGGGCUGGGUUUGUGUGAAUAUUGGACGGGUUGAGGGUGGUGAGUUGCCUGAGCAGAAGGCUAGACGGGAGGAGAGGGAGAAGGGCCUUGUAGGGUUUGGGGAGGGGGAAAGUGGGUGUGCGAUUGUGGUGCAGUUGAUGACGGAGGAGAAGAGGGAGGAAGUUGGGCUGGAGAGGUUGUGGGGUGGGAUUUUGAGGGCGAGUAGGAAGGAGGCUGCUGCUGUUGCGGCUGAGAAGGAGGAGCGGGAUGCUGGGGUGCUAGAGCAGUCGUUGGGGUCUGGCGAGGCUGUCAAUGAUGAUGGUGAGCAGCCUAGGGUUGUUGGCAUUGCUGCAUGA